AUGGAAACAGAGCUGCAAUCGCUAACGAUGCAAUUGUUAGGAACUGGUUUUGUCUUCAACCCAACUCGGCAGGAGCUCGUCCUCUACCUCCAGAGAAAGAUCGACGGACUUUCUGUCCUCCCGUCUUUUAUCCCAGGUAUCUUUUACGAUUGCGAUGAUUUCUACGGUAACAAGAACGGAUUUAACGAACCAUGGAACUUGUUCAAUGCCAAGGAUAAUGAAACUGGACAGUAUUUCUAUGUAUUUACACGUUUGAAGAGAGUGAGCGAUAGUUCUAAAAGGAUUAAUCGGAGAGCAGGGUCGGGGAGUUGGAAUUGCAGAACGAAAUCUACAGAUGUUAAGGGUUUUGACGGGAAAAUUAUUGGGUUUGAUAAGUAUUAUAGUUUUGAUGUUAAAGGAGGCGGUGUUGAAGGCUGUAAAAGAUCGAAAACCGAGCAUGGAAGGUGGACGAUGCACGAGUUUUCUCUGACUGAUAGACAAUCUCCUGGUGAUCAUGUAAUUUGUGUCAUUGGUUGUGAUACCAUGAUAUCAAUCUCUGAUGAACGUAAAUCGUCGGUGACCUUUGCCAAACACUUUGAGAAAGAUCAAUGCAAUGGGUCGGAUUCUUUGGAAAUCUUGAAGAAAUCUGAGAAGAGGAAAUUAAUGGAGAGUGAAGAUGAUGAACUACAGACUUCAAGAAAGCCGCGAACAUACGUCUCUUCUUCGCUUGAUGAUCCAUCUGGUUUUCCCGAUCAAUUAUCAUCUAUUCCGGACGACAUUAGUGUGGUGGAGAGUUUACAGAAUGUUUUUCAAGAGCCAGAAAUUCCCGGCCUCCCUUUGUCAGUUGACUGCAUUGAUCCCACUGUACUGCCAUUUUCAAUAUCAGCAGCAGAAGAAAUCGAGCAGCAGAUUGAUCCAUUCUACACGGAGACACACCCAUUGUUCUCUGAAAACUUUUUCGUGGAUCAAUUAUCAUCUAUUCCAGAUGACAUUGGUGUCAUGGAGAGUUCACUGACUGUUGUUGAAGAGCCAGAAAUUCUCCUCCCUUUGUAUGACUCAUUGGGUGCUUAUCAUUGCACAACUGUACAGCCCUUGUCAGUAUCAGCAGUAGAUUCUAUGGUGGCAGAGGAGAGGCAGUGCCAGUGGAAAGAGGCCAUGGACGAGGUUGAGAAAUCGGCAGCAGUGCAACCCUUUUCAGUAUCAGCAGUAGAUUCUAUGAUGGCCGAGGAGAGGCAAUGCCAGUUGAAGGACGCGAUGGACAAGGCUGAGGAAUCGGCAGCAGUACAUCCCUUUUCAGUAUCAACAGUAGAUUCUAUGGUGGAGGCUGAGAAAAUGGCAACAGUACAACCCUUUUCAGUACCGACAGUAGAUUAUAUGGUAGCAGAGGAGAGGCAGUUCCAGUUGAAUGAGGCCAUGGACGAGGCUGAGAAAUCGGCAGCAGAAACUGGCAUUACUAUGGAGGAGCAUUGGCAAUUGCACUGUUUGCUCUGUGAUUUUUAA